AUGGGUGUCUUGAGCUGCAUGAAGUACCUGAUGUUCAUCUUCAACGUGCUGGUGUUUGCUGGGGGAACAUGCCUGGCAGGCAUGGGAGUCUGGGUGGCCGUGGACCCAGCUGGUUUCCAAGACAUCGUGGCCACCAGGGCCGUGCUGAGUGCAGGCGUGUGGCUGCUGCUGGUCGUGGGCAUCGCCCUCUCCCUGCUGGGCUUCCUGGGCUGCUGCGGGGCCCUGCGCCGGAGCCGCCCGCUCCUGCUGCUGUUCUUCAUCCUCGUCAGCCUUGUCUUUCUCACGCAGCUCAUUGGGGCCGUUCUCUUCCUGGUGCACUGGAAACAGGUCCAGCCUGAGCACUUCCUGUCUGAGCUGCAGAAGAACUAUGGUGGGGACGAGGGUGCUGAGGUGUUCUCCACAGCCUGGAACACCCUCAUGGUCACGUUCUCGUGCUGUGGUGUUUUAGGACCUGAAGACUUUGGGAACGGCUCCCGCUUCCAAGAGCUGCACCCAGGGAUGCCAUGGCCACGGGCAUGUUGUGCCCGGGAUGGGCUUCUGCAGGUGGGAGAACUCCUGGGCUGGGAGCAGUGCCAGGACAGAAGCCCUGGCUACAUCCAUGAGCAGGGCUGCUUCUCUACCUUCGGCAAGACCCUGCAGACGUACAUCUCCCUCCCUGGGACCUGCAGCUUAGCCGUGCUAGGCAUUGAGAUCUUUGCCAUGUUCUUCGCCUUCUGCCUUUACUACAACUUCGACUGA